GAGAAGGGAGAGCAGCCAUCGCUAUCCCCCUGCACGGCAACACACUCCUCCCCCGGCCACCUCACCUCAACCUCACCACUGAAGCCACUGCAGCUCACACAAGCUCGAUCUCACUCUGUUCGCCUCCCCCCUCUGUCUCUGCUGGUAGUAGCCUAGCCGCCACCACCACCACCACCCAGCUGAUCAUGGGCAAGAAGAGCGGCCGCAACGGCGGGGACAAGGAGGCCGCCGCCAAGGCCACGGCCUUCGUGCUCAAGGUGCCCAUGCACUGCCGCUGCGACGGAUGCGCCGACAAGAUACGCGCCGGCGUCAAGGACCUCACCCUCAACCACGGCAUCGAGGCGCUGGACCAGUCGGCGCUGUGGACCAAGGGCGAGCUGCGGGUGGCGUCCACGGCGGAUCCCGAGAAGCUCCGCCGCCGCCUGCACAAGGCCACCGGCAAGAGCGUCGGCCUCGUCAUCCUCAAGCCGCAGGCCGCAGACAAGGCAGCCGAGAAGGAGGCCACCGCGGCCGCCUUGGAGGAGCUGCUCCGCCGCAGCCUGCAGCAGCAGGGCCAGUACGGCCACGGCCACGGCCAGGCCGCCUGGGCCAACCAGGUGCUGCCCGGCGCCUACGGCUACGGCGCCCCGGCGCCGGCGUACCACCCGUGGGCCGUGCAGGUGCAGCAGCCGGAGGCGUACCCGUCGUACCAGUCCGCGUACCCGGCGGCGUCCACUGGCGGCGCCUGGGGCGCGUACGCGUACCCCACGGCGCCGGCGGCGGCUCAGCUGGGCCAUGGCGCCUACGGCGGCGGAUGGCCCUACUGAUCUGACGGCGGCGUGAAGGGCGAGCAGCGGAGACAGUGCAGACAUGAUCCCCGCUAGGUGCCUAUAGCUAGCUACUUGGGUGUUUGGCGAUGGAGUAACUACUGGCAGUUAGUUUGAGUAUGUCAGCGGUAAUCUGUGUGUGGUUGAUCCGUGAUGCGGUACUUGUUGUGUAUGUUUUUGUUGGGAGAUCAGCAGCUCUUGCUGUCAUGUCAUACUGCUCUGUAACAUUUUGCACUUGAGUGUGGCGAAGUACGUACGUAACUAUAGUAUGGGUUUCAAUGUUUGAACAUGUCCAA